AUGAUAAAAUCUUUAAAAUUAAUCAAAAAAAAAUACAAUUUAAUCAAAAAUGGAAUAAUUAAAGAAAAAGAUUCAAUACGAUUAGAAGUUAAUUGGAAAGAUACUAUUGAUAAUGCCAAAUAUCUUAAUAAUAAUCAAAAAACUAAAUUACAUAGACUUCGAAACAGUCAAAAAUGGGAAAUUCAAGGAUCAAAAAAAUUUGAACAAUAUAAAUCAGAAAUUGAAAAUAAAGUAAUUAUUUCUAAUUUACUUGAUAGAAAAUCAUAUAAUAUUUUAAUAUCAAAUGAUAGCUUGUUAACAGAACAACAAAAAAAUCAACUUUAUACAUUAAGAAAACAAAGAAUUCAAAUCUUAACAAAUAGUUUAUUUGAUAAACUUAAAAAUAAUAUAAAAAAUAAACGUGUUUUAAGUAAAUUAGAAGAUAAAGGAUACUAUGAUAAUAGAAUUAAUGAAAUUCAUAAAGAAUUCUUAACUGAUAGAAAAACAAAAGAUUUACAUAUUCUUAGAAGAUGGAAAUUAGAUAAGAUUCAAAGUGAAACAGAAGAUGAAUUAUAUGAUGUUAAUUCAGAAUUAAUUGAUACCAUUCAAGAUUUAAAUGAACUUGGUGAUAAUUCAGAUCUUGCAAAUGAUAUAUUGGAAUUAAACCAAACUUUACUUACUGGAGAUAGAAAUAUAAAUGAUUUGAUUACUAAAAGAAAACAAAAUUAUAAUAAUAAAUUAUAUGACAAUUUUAUUGCCGCAAUAAAAAUUAAGACAGAUAUUGAAGAAUUACAAAAUAAUUGGAAAAUAAAAAUCGAUACUGAAAUCAAAAAAGAAUUUCUUUUACAAUUCAGAACAAUAAAAAAUUUACAUAAAAUAUGA